AUAUUUCCCACACAAUCACAUUCUUUAUUAGUAAUUCCCACACACAAUCCGCGUCCUAUAUAUAUAUAUAUAUAUAUCACUCCGUCUUUCUGUGUGUGUUAACUUCACUCUGUUUUCUUCCCCCAAUUUCUUUGAGAGUUGAUGAACCUGAAAGCUUAAACAUUCUACGACCAGAUCUUUUAUAAAGGUUUACACAACAUACAUUGUAGAAUCAUGGCUCAGGGAAAAUAUUCCCGGGUCGAUGGGAAGAAGUCAUCUUGCUCCACAGCCACAAUUGUUGUUAUUGUUGGUGUUUGUUUAGUUGGUGUGUGGAUGUUCAUGUCAUCAUCCGCUGCCCCUGGUCAAAGUCCCGUCUUUCCUAGUGUAGAAGUAAACCAAAAGGCUUCCACAAAGGUGAGUAAUCAAUUUGAAGAUAAUUCAGGGGAUCUAUCAGAUGAAGUUAAAGAAGAGGCCAAUCAAGAAAACACUCGAGAAAAUAAAACUGAAGUUGAAAUGAACACAAUAGAUGAUUCAAAGUCAAACUCAGAAGACUCAAGCUCAAAUUCUGAUUCGAAUGAAAAUGAGAAUACUGAUUUUGAUUCAAACGAAAGCAAAAAUUCAAAUUCUCGGUCAAAUGAAAUUGAAAACUCAAGUUCUGACUCAAACGAAAAUGGGAAUUCGAAUGAAAGCGACGAUUCGAAUUCUGAGACGAAUGAAACCAUUAAGAGUGAAGAGAAAGUAGGGAAAGAUGAAGAAAAGCAAACCGAAGAGCGCUCAAGUGAUAACAAGACUGAAGAUUUAUCUACUGCAACACAGUCUGAGAUUCUAAAAGAGACAAACACACAAAAUGGUGCUUUUUCGACUCAAGCUGCCGAGUCAGCAAACGAGAAGAAAUCACAAACCCCAUCUUUAUCGAAGAGUGACGGUUACAAGUGGAAGACUUGUAAUGUUACUGCUGGGCCGGAUUAUAUUCCGUGUCUUGAUAAUUUGGAAGCUAUUAGACAUCUUCACGGAAGGAGCCAUUAUGAGCACAGGGAGAGGCAUUGCCCAGCUGAGUCCCCUACAUGCCUUGUUCCUCUUCCUGAAGGGUAUAAAAGAUCACUCAAGUGGCCUAGAAGCAGAGAACAGAUAUGGUACAGUAAUGUGCCACACACAAAACUUGCUGCUGUUAAAGGACAUCAAAAUUGGGUCAAAGUUACUGGAGAAUAUCUUACUUUCCCUGGUGGUGGUACUCAAUUCAAGAAUGGAGCCCUGCACUACAUAGACUUCAUCCAAAACUCACUUCCUGAUAUUGCAUGGGGUAAGAGAACCCGGGUGAUAUUAGAUGUUGGAUGUGGAGUUGCUAGUUUUGGGGGUUACCUAUUUGAGAGAGAUGUGGUCGCAAUGUCGUUUGCCCCGAAGGAUGAACAUGAAGCUCAAGUUCAAUUUGCACUAGAAAGGGGUAUUCCAGCCAUUUCAGCUGUUAUGGGUACCCAAAGGCUGCCCUUCCCAAGUAAAGUCUUUGAUGUCAUUCAUUGUGCUCGUUGCAGAGUCCCAUGGCACAUUGAAGGUGGUAAACUUCUUUUGGAGCUCAACCGUAUGCUGCGACCUGGUGGUUAUUUUGUGUGGUCUGCAACUCCAGUUUAUCAAAAUAAGCCUGAAGACGUUGAAAUAUGGGAAGCUAUGUCUAAACUAACGAAAGCCAUGUGCUGGGAAUUGGUGGUGGUCAAUAAUGAUAAAUUGAACGAGGUUGGCGCAGCAAUAUAUAGAAAGCCAAGAUCUAAUGAAUGCUAUGAAAACAGACAACAACAAGAACCACCCCUAUGUGAAAGCAAGGAUGAUCCAGAUGCAAUAUGGAAUGUACAACUUCAAGCAUGUAUGCAUAAAGUACCUGUUGAUGAAUCAGUUCGUGGUGCAAAAUGGCCAGAGACAUGGCCGCAGAGGUUGGACUCACCACCAUACUGGUUAAAGAGUAGUGAAGUUGGAGUUUAUGGAAAACCAGCCCCAGAGGACUUCAUUGCUGACUAUGAGAACUGGAAACGGGUUGUGUCAAAAUCUUACAUGAAUGGCUUGGGAAUCGACUGGUCGUCUGUCAGAAACGUCAUGGACAUGCGAUCUAUAUAUGGAGGAUUUGCUGCUGCAUUGAGGGAUUUGAAGAUCUGGGUUAUGAAUGUUGUACCUCUUGAUUCGCCAGAUACCCUUCCGAUUAUAUACGAACGUGGACUUUUUGGUAUGUAUCAUAACUGGUGUGAAUCGUUCAGCACUUAUCCACGAUCAUAUGAUCUUCUUCAUGCUGAUCAUCUUUUCUCCGAUGUUAAGAAAAGGUGCAAGCUACAAUCUUUAAUGGCAGAAGUUGAUAGAAUCUUGAGACCAGAAGGAACUCUAAUCGUGCGCGAUAAUGUUGAGACCAUUGCUGAGGUUGAAAACAUGGCAAAGUCUUUGAACUGGAAGGUUCGAAUGACAUACAAUAAGGACAACGAGGGUAUGUUAUGUUUUGAGAAAACGUUAUGGCGUCCCACUGAAGUAGAAACAGUACCUUACGCCAUCGAAUAGAAGUCAUGGAACUAUGAUAUUGUGUUCUUCAUUUAUUAAUUUAUUUGCAUUUGUAAUAUGUUUUAGCCACAUAUAUUUGUUAUUUUCGUUCGUUCUUGUAAUGAUUUUGAUCUUUCUCAGUCCCUCAAAUGUACUCCCUUCAACGAGGGAGUUGGGUUAGAAUAUUUUUACGAUAUAUCAUCAUAUAGCAAUGAAAUCAAGUAAUUGAGUUAUUUGUA